UUGUGCUAGUAUUGUCUAUACAAUUUAUGGUUCCCAACAACUUAUUCACCCGAAUUUCAAAAGAUCAAACUUCCAUAAAUAAGUAGUAUACUCCUAACCAAUAUUUAUUUCUUCACAAGUCCACCUCUUUAACACACACUCCAUACUCACGUACGUAUACUCAAAAAUUAACACAACAUGGAAUUUCAAUCAAAGCUACUUGCAUUAUGCUCCUUGCACAUUUUGUGCCUCCUAUUGUUUCAUUUGAACAAGGUAAGUGCAAAGGUUCCGGCAAUAAUCGUGUUCGGAGACUCUUCCGUUGAUGCCGGGAAUAACAACUUCAUUCCGACGGUUGCACGGAGCAAUUUUCAGCCGUAUGGACGUGACUUUCAAGGCGGAAAAGCGACCGGAAGAUUCUCAAAUGGGAGAAUACCAACCGAUUUCAUAGCAGAAUCUUUUGGUAUAAAAGAAUCUGUGCCUGCUUACUUGGAUCCCAAGUAUAAUAUUUCAGAUUUUGCAACUGGGGUCAGUUUUGCUUCUGCUGCUACUGGUUAUGAUAAUGCAACUUCAGAUGUACUUUCUGUGAUACCAUUAUGGAAGCAAUUAGAGUACUACAAGGACUACCAAAAGAAUCUAAGUUCAUAUCUUGGUGAAGCCAAAGCAAAAGAGACCAUAUCCGAAUCAGUACACCUUAUGAGUAUGGGAACAAACGAUUUCCUAGAGAAUUACUAUACCAUGCCAGGAAGGGCAUCACAAUACACACCUCAACAGUACCAAACUUUUCUUGCUGGAAUAGCUGAGAAUUUCAUAAGGAAUCUAUAUGCUCUUGGUGCUAGGAAGAUUUCUCUAGGAGGGUUACCUCCAAUGGGAUGCUUGCCAUUGGAGAGAACUACAAAUUUUAUGGGCCAGAAUGGUUGUGUUGCCAACUUUAAUAACAUAGCACUUGAGUUCAAUGAUAAGCUCAAGAAUAUUACCACUAAGCUCAAUCAGGAGCUCCCUGAUAUGAAAUUGGUGUUUUCAAAUCCCUAUUACAUUAUGUUGCACAUCAUAAAAAAACCUGACCUCUAUGGGUUUGAAUCAGCCUCAGUGGCAUGUUGUGCUACUGGAAUGUUUGAGAUGGGUUAUGCAUGCAGCAGGGGCAGCAUGUUCAGUUGCACAGAUGCUUCAAAGUUUGUCUUUUGGGACUCUUUCCAUCCCACAGAGAAAACAAAUAACAUUGUUGCAAAGUAUGUGGUGGAGCAUGUGUUAGCUCAAUUUUUAGAAUAAAUAGUACUACUACUUGUGGAAUUUUAUAUAUUGUGAUCUCACCACUUUUGCACAUUCACCAUAAAGGCUUUCUAUCUGUGGUUGCAUGUCGAUGUGUGUGUAUAGAUAUAUUUAUAUAUGUCAGAAUGUUAAUACAGCACUUUUAUCAUAAAGUAUGCUGAUAUUUAGAAUAUAAGUCAUUUUGUUUGGACUAAUAUAUAAGUUUUCCUUUGUGUAUUCGUCUUCAAAUAUUUGUUCUAUUAUAUGAGCAGCAUGUUGUGUUCACGUUUA